CUUCUGUCCUCUUUGUAUUUUCAUCUUUUCAUCAUCCGCCAGCGUUCCUUCCUCGACACUCCUUCCUUAACCACGCUUUCACUUCUAGUGCACCGUUUAAACCCCACUUUACGACUUCCAACUUGAACACAUUCUUUUUAAUUACACUUAUCUUCUCUAUAAAAGGCCCAAGUUUCGAUCAUCACCGUCCAAGCACUCGUCACCAACAAUCAUCAUGCUCAAGCUUGCUCUUGCCACUGCGGCAACUAUCGCAUCCAUCCAAGUCAGCGCCACCACCUAUCCUCUGAGUGACUCUUUCUCUGGCACCUCAUUCUUUGACGGAUUCCGAUUCCCCGCCGAGACUUAUGACAACACUACCAACGGAGACGUCUUUUGGGCCACCGCCGACAACACCUCUCUCCUCUACGUCAACGACAACGACCGUGUCAUCAUCAAAGUCGACAACGAAUCUGAUGUCGUCUACCUCCAGAAACGAUAUGCUCCUAAACUACUCAGUCAGAAGACUUGGGAUAUCGGUACCGUUUGGGUGAUGGAUGCUGUGCAUAUGCCUUAUGGUUGCAGUGUCUGGCCUGCUUUCUGGACUCAGGGACCUAACUGGCCUGCUGGAGGUGAGAUUGAUAUCUCUGAAGGUAUCAACCUCCGUACCAACAACAUGGUUGCUCUCCACACCACUGGUGGGACCUGCACGAUUUCAAACUCAUCUUCCAUGUCCGGCUCAAUCACAUACGACAACUGCGACAUAUCCCAAAACUCAGACUCGGGAUGUACAGUUAAUGACACCAACACUGAUUCGUACGGUGCGGGCUUUGCAGCCGCGGGUGGUGGUGUGUUCGUUGCCGAGUGGGCGACUGAUGGGAUCAGGGUUUGGUUCUUGACUAGAGACGCCGUCCCCGACUCUUUGAGCGUUAGCGCCUCUUCCAUCGACACUUCAACUCUUGGUGAACCAGUUGCCCUGUAUAGCUCUGAGACUUGCGACGUGCAGAACCUCUUUGGCCCUCAAACUCUUACUAUCGACAUCACUCUCUGUGGCGAUUUCGCCGGUAACGCCGAUCUUCUCGCGCAGACUUGCGGUGCCCUCGUAGGCGAUAACACUUGUUACACAACCUACGUCGUCAACAACCAAACAUCCAACCUCGCUCAAGCGUAUUACGAGAUCAACUAUAUCAACGUUUACUCUUCCAACUCUUCUUCCAACGCGAGUGCGACUUCUACCGCUAGUGCUGGUGUGUCUACUUCUGCCACUUCUGGAUCCGGUUCUACCGCUAGCGCCAAUGCGAGUGCGAGCGGGAGCUCGAGUGGUGCUGGAAGGGUCGAGGCUGUCCUUGGAGGCUUGUUGGGUGCUUUACUGUUUGGCCUUGCAAUGAUUCUUUAAGAUGAAACCUGUUUAAUAAUUGGAAAAAUCAGUUCUAUAGUUAUCUGAUCAAACCAUCUUGAUGCUAACAUGUUAGUAUCACAUAGAAAAGUACGAUUAUGUACACUAUAUUGUUGAAUAAACCGUGCAACACUAUUUCGGAAAGAUGGACUUUUCAUGAUGUAUUCGGAUUUUGACUCAACUAAGUACCAGUUGAUGCGAAUCCAUAUGUUGUUGAUACCAUAUUGUUAUUUAUUCGAAACUGUCAUCUGUCGCUUGAAAACCAAAG